GUGACUCGGAGGUGCCCAGAGCGGGGUGACAGUGUCCCACAGCCAUGGCUUUCUGCGGCCCUCGUACAGCUGCUCGCCUCUCACACUCCACUCGGGCAUUGCACUACACACACAGGGGCCAUGUCUCCCAGCGUACCUUAAAUGAGGUGGUGAUUGCAAGUGCAGCUAGAACCCCAAUUGGAUCUUUUCAAGGGUCUCUGUCAUCACUCCCAGCAACUAAGCUUGGUUCCAUUGCCAUUAAAGCUGCGGUUGAGAGAGCAGGUAUUCCAGGCGAUGAGGUGAAGGAGGUUUACAUGGGCAAUGUUCUCCAAGCUGGCCAGGGGCAAGCACCCUCCCGGCAGGCUACACUCGGGGCAGGCCUGGCUAUCUCCACUCCCACAACCACCAUCAACAAAGUGUGUGCGUCAGGGAUGAAAUCCAUCAUGCUGGCUGCGCAGAGUCUCAUGUGUGGCCAUCAGCAAGUGAUGGUUGCCGGCGGGAUGGAGAGCAUGUCCAACGUUCCUUAUUGCAUGAGCAGAGGCGCCACGCCGUACGGAGGAGUGAAACUGGAAGAUAUUAUAGUAAAAGAUGGCCUCACCGAUGUCUAUAACAAAUUCCAUAUGGGGAAUUGUGCAGAAAACACAGCCAAGAAGCUCAGUAUUAGCCGAGAAGAACAAGACAGCUUUGCCAUUAACUCCUACACUCGAAGCAAGGCAGCGUGGGACUCUGGUUUAAUAGCCAAUGAAAUUGUAUCAGUUACCAUUUCACAAAAAGGAAGACCCGAUAUCAUUGUCCAAGAAGAUGAAGAGUACAAGCGCGUUGACUUCAGUAAAUUCUCUAAACUUAAGACUGUCUUCCAGAAGGACAACGGUACCGUGACCGCUGCCAACGCGAGCACAUUGAAUGAUGGAGCCGCCGCUUUGGUCCUUAUGACUGCGGGAGCCGCCAGCAGGCUCAAUGUUACACCUCUCGCAAGAAUCGUAGCAUUUGCUGACGCUGCUGUAGAUCCCAUUGAUUUUCCCAUAGCACCUGCCUAUGCUGUUCCUAAGCUCUUGAGUGAAGCCGGGCUGAAAAAAGAAGACAUUGCAAUGUGGGAAAUAAAUGAGGCCUUUAGUGUGGUGGUGUUGGCUAAUGUCAAAAUGUUGGACAUUGAUCCUGCCAGAGUCAACGUGAAUGGUGGGGCAGUGUCCCUGGGACACCCCAUAGGGAUGUCGGGCGCUAGGAUUGUUGGCCACAUGGCUCACGUGCUGAAGAAAGGCCAGUUUGGCAUCGCUGGAAUCUGCAAUGGUGGGGGAGGCGCGUCUGCAGUUCUGAUUGAGAAGCUGUAGGGUUCGUAGGAGACACAUUCAGCCACCAACCAUGCACUUUCUGAUCAGAGCGCCGUUGUCUGUUACAUCUCACUCACGCACUCAAUAAAUCCCUUUGUUUUA